AUGCAAGGAAAUAAACAAAAUAGUAACGACAAUGCUUCUGAUAAUUCAACUCUGUCAAUCAAUAGUAAUUACGAUGUAAACUCUUCACAUCUGCGUAUUUUACAGAUAAAUAUGCAACGCAGUAAAGUGGCAAGUUCACUCGCAUUAAAGACGGCCAAUGACCUAGAUAUAAACCUAUUAAUAAUACAAGAACCUUAUACUUUGAACAAUAAAAUAGUAAGCUUCGGAGGAUGGAGAAUAUUAACUACAAGAAACGGAGAAAAACCAAAAAGUGGUAUAAUAGUGAGAGACAACAACCUAGAUGCUGCUUUAAUUCCAGAUUUAAUUACACAGAGAAUAACUACUAUUGCCAUCCAACAACAGCCACAACUUUAUAUUCUUAGUAUAUAUUUUUCCCCUGAUGAUGAUGAUAAUAAUUGUAUUGAAGAACUACAAUAUAUAAUCAAAAGCCUUAAUAGCGACAACUUCAUUCUAGUGGGAGAAACAAAUGCGAAAUCUCCAAUUUGGUAUCAUUAUAAAGAAGACCAUAGAGGACGCCUGUUAAUUGAUUUAAUGGACAGAUAUAACCUAUACUCAGCAAACACUACUGAUGAUCCUACCUUUUAUACCGUCUAUGCAGAAGGUUGGACUGACGUCUUUCUUGUUCCAGUUAAUAAAGGCAAUGUUAUGACUUGUGAAACACUUCUGUGGGAAUCUCUAAGUGAUCAUAGGUACAUUUAUGCUGAACUUUCAGGUAUAACCAACAAAGAAAAUUACAUCAAUUACUAUAAGAAAUAUACUAACUGGGAACUUUACAAAGAAAUAUUUGCAAUAAACUGGAGAAACUACAGAUUCAACGAAAUUGAGGACGAGGAAAGUAUCAAUCAAUACACCGAUCAUAUCACGAAGGCAAUACAAGAAGCAAAACGAUUAUCAACUACAAUCACUAAAACUAAACAAAGGGACACAGUAUGGUGGAUAGAUAGCUUAUCUACUCAACAAAAAAAAGUCAGAAAAUUUCUAAAGAAAUUAGCCAAAACUACCAAUGAAGAUAAGAAGAACACACUUAAAGAGAAAUACAGAAAGGCUCUAAAAACAUACAAAAAGUGCAUCAAAUAUUCUCGCACCAACGCAUGGCGAGAAUUGAAGAAAAACCCAUGGGAUAUACCAUACCGAGUUGUCUUUAACAAGAAAAAAAAAAUGUCACAUUCCAAAUAUUGUCAAAUGGAAUGA